UUGGGCGGGAUAUCUGGCCCAAUCUGGCAACGGUGGCAGUAGACGCUGUUGUCGGAAUUUUAAUAGCAAAACCAGCCCAGGGGUGUGUAGUGUGUAGCUGUCCUUCUGAAAUGGCUACUACCGCGUCGGAAGUAACGCAAGUACAGCGCGAAAAGGGGGAUGAGACGAACCGAAAGCACGGAGGAGAGAGCCGGGGAGAAGACAUGACCGGGGACCGAGCGGAAUCGAAAAUGCAGCAACCGGGUGACAAUGUUGAACCUAAAAUGGAAGAUGCAGACGCUGGACGAACAGGCGUGAAACCUGCUGCAGCACCGGAGGAGGCCGUGGCCCGGGCUCGGCUGACAGAUGAUGCUGCAGCCGCCGCCGCACACGAUGAGGAGAAAGCCGAGGGUCCGGAGAAGCCGACCCCUGGAGACGGCGGGGGGUCUCCUCUGAGCGACAAGCAAACGGUGGAACCAAGUCAAAUCAAGGAAGAGCAAAGGGAGGUCAACCAGGCUCCAGAGACGAUGAAGAGCGAGAAUGGUAAAGCGGCGUGUGAGGAUGGCGAUAAGAACAGCGUCGGUGGAGGAGGAGGAGGAGGAGGAGGAGGCGGGGAGCUGAGUGACAAGAGGCGGACCAGCGUGGAGAUUUCGUCCUCGGACGGGGAGCCCCUGAGCCGGAUGGAUUCUGAAGACAGUAUCAGCAGCACCCUGAUGGAGAUGGAGAGCACGGUGUCAAGCGGCCGCUCCACCCCCGCGAUGAUGAACGGCCAGGGCAGCGCCGGGAUUUCAACGGUGUCCAAGGCGGCCUAUCCGUGCUGCUGGGACCUGUGCUCCGAGUGCUUCAACUCAAGCCCGGACCUGGCCGAACAUAUCCGAUGCCUUCAUGUGGACGCGCAGCAAGGAGGGGUGUUUGUGUGUCUUUGGAAGGGGUGUAAGGUGUACAACACUCCCUCCACCAGUCAGAGCUGGCUCCACAGACACAUGCUGACCCACAGCGGGGACAAGCCCUUCAAGUGUGUGGUGGGGGGCUGCACGGCCAGCUUCUCGUCCCAGGGGGGGCUGGCGCGCCACGUGCCCAGCCACUUCAGCCAGCAGAGCGCCGCUCGGCUGGCCAGCCAGGCCCGGCUGAAGGAGGAGUCGCCCUCCAAGGCCAGCCUGAACCGCAGGAAGAAGCUCAAGAACAAACGCCGGCGCGCCCUACUCUGUCAAUCUGUCCCUCCAGCGAGGCCGUACGACUUCUUCGACGCCCAGUCGAUGGACGCCAUCCGCCACCGCGCCAUCUGCCUCAACCUCGCCACGCACAUCGAGAGCGUGGGCAACGGCCACAGCGUGGUCUUCCACAGCACGGUUCUGGCCAGGAGAAAGGAAGGUUCUGGAAAGGUGAAAGUCCUACUGCACUGGACACCUGAGGACAUACUCCCAGACACGUGGGUCAAUGAGACGGAGCGGUCCCAGCUGAAGACCAAGGUGGUGCACCUGUCCCAGCUCCCCGCGGACACCGCCAUGUUGCUGGACCCCAACCUCUACAGAGGCCUGCCCCAGAAGCGACUCAAACAAAGCCUGUGAGGCGUCUCUUCUCUCGAGGACUAUGGACGUGAGAGAAUCAGGUCCUUUUCGUGUUUUGCUGAGUGCAAGGUUAAGGACGAACAGACGUUUCCUUGAUGGCCAUCUUCUACACUCUUGUGUUUGUUAAUACUUUGUACACGUUUUACUGUGGUUUGAGACGGAACAUUUGAUUUGAAGGUUGUGAUUUUAGCUGAUAAAAUACUUUAAAGCUUCAUACAGUUCACUGUAAUAUAUAUAUAUAUAUAUAUAUAUAUAUAUAUAUAUAUAUACACACAAUAUAUGCUAUACUAAUAUUAGUAUAAUAUUACAUUUUGUGUCAUAAUAUAAAAUCAUCCGCAGAUCAUGGUUACAUGUAAAUAUUUCUGCAGAUUUUACUUAUUUUUUUACCAUGAAAUUGUCGUCCAUCGUUGACUUUGUAACUUAUCACCUCUCAAGCUUCGUAAUUUACCUGCCAAGUAUUAUUUAUGGUCAUUCUGACGCAGAAGUGAAGUUGUGUUGACAUUGUCGUCGGGGGAUACACUACCGAUGAGCCCAGAACCGGUCCGAUCCGGUGUUAGCCGUACUGUAGAUGGACGGGAGCCGGUCUUUAAUAACCAAGUGUCUUACAUCACCUGUGGUGCUCACACGGGACACGGCACGUGGACAGGACAUUUCCAGCAACCGUGGGACAAUUGGACAUUUGACCUUUGACCUUACCACCGUGUCGGUGAACACCUCUCCGUCCAACUGCCGUGAGGGUGCGCUGGUCACCAUGACGAUGUGAACAACCCCCCCCCCCCCUCCCAUGUU